AGCCGCCGCCGCCGCGCCGCCGCAGAGCCGCCGGGAUGAGCGCGGGCGGCCCCGGCGGGGGGGAGGACGGCCCGGAAGGCUGCGCGCUGGGCUGGUCCGGGCCCCGCUGCUCUCCCCGCUCCCGGGGCGGCGAGGCCGUGCUCCGCGCCCGCGCAGAGGCUGCGGGGUACCGGCGGCUGCUCCGCGCCCGCGCGGCGGAGGUGGAGGCGCUGCGCGGGGCCGUGGGAGCGCUGCAUCGGCAGCUGGAGGGGCUCCGCGACCGGCGCAGCGGGGAGCUCGCCAAGUAUCAGGAGCGGGUGGCGGAGCUGGAGCGGCAGAUCGGCGAAGCGGAACAGGAGAUGGCGCGGUGCCUCCGGGAGUACCCCGCGCUGCUGCGGCUGCGGAUGGCGCUGGACGCGGAGAUCGCCGCGUAUCGGGAGAUGCUGGAAGGGGAGGAGCUGCGCCUGGGUGCCGUGGUACCGCCGUGACGGGGCGCAAACCCCUUCGCUGCGGACCGGGGACCGCCGGAACCCCCCGGGCUCCCGGCACCGGGCUGCUGCUCUGCGGGGCCCUCCGUGCCCCCCGCCCCCCUGCAGCGCCCUCCAUUCCCGAGCCACGGGACCCCCGGACUCCUGGAACCCGGUCCUUCCGGACCCCUUUGCCACGGGAGCCCUGGGCUCCGUCGACGUCCCCGGGAGGCCCCCACUCCCCGGCGGGGCAGCGCCCCGGGCCGCACAUCAGUCUCACCAGCCUCUCCAGAGCGGCAGCAGGGCUGCAGUCCCGGCCCUGGUCCACGCGGGUGCGCCUCAAUAAACGCCCCGUGGCAUUACCCAGCGCCCAGCGCUCCGCGUGAUGGGGCCGCGACCCCCGGCAGCUCCGUGUGCGUGGGGCUGCGGCUGAGGCCGUGCCCGGCGCUGCUCCACGGCUGCGUGGUCUGUGGGCCAUUUCCUGCCAACGAGGCCUGGCUGCGGGGUCUGUGCUCGUUCUCACCCGCCGCAGCCCCCAGCUGGAGCUGCCGGCUGGAUGUCCUGCAGGAUGCUGGCAGGAUGCUGCAGGCAAAGCGGAGCUGGGAGCUCCAGGGCACAGAGCCCCGCUCUGCCCCACGCGCCCCGACUGAGGUUUUUCACAGAAAAGCCAAGCUCAGCUCUUUUACAGAGGUUAAGAAAAGGCGCCUCAAUAUAACAGAAGUGGAUGGGAAUGUCGGCACCGGGCGGCUUUGGGUGCCUCACCCCGGGCUGCUGCCCCUCAGCCCCCUCAACCCCGCGCGCCCCUCAGCCCCGCUGCAGCCAGGCUGCGUCCACCUCCCGCCAUCCGCUCCAGGGGCUCCAGGAGCUGUUGGUGUAGCUGUAGGGGUCCUGGCAGCUGAUGCGCACCCGUCGCACGCGCUCCUGCAGGCUCGUCUUCUCCGUGCCCUCCACGAAAGCAUCAACCUGCAAAGGGGGGUUUGGUCACGGCUUGGGGACGGGCGCCGCGACCACUGGAGGAGGUGGAGGCGCAGCGCCUGAAGCUGGGGGCACAGCAAUGGGGAGCCUCAGUUCUUCCCCAUCCCAGGCAGUGAUGCUGCAUCACUUGGGCAGUGCUGGGGGGAAGCAGAGGUGACAGCUGGGAGUGACAAUUUCCCAACCCCCCUCCUCCCCACCCCCGGGGGUCACCAAGCACUGCUCCUAACGAUGCUGCUGCGCUGAGGGAGAGGCGGGGGGAGGUUUUGGUCGUGUGGGCAGAGGGAAGCUGAGCGCACAGCGGGGCAGGAGGGUGCAGGCACAGCCUGCCCCGUUACCUUGGUGCCGUUGGGGAGCUCGUACUGCAGCCGGUAGAGGAGGGCGAAGUAGGACUUGGGGAGUGGCCAGGAGGCCGGGGGGGCCCAGGCCAGGUGGAGCCGCCCCUCCUGAAGGUGGGCGGUCAGCGCCUGCGGGGGGUCGGGCCGCACUGCGGGCAGCACAGCACAGCGGGGCUCAGCGUGGGGCUGCGGCCCGCCGGGCUUCCCGGCACCCUGACCCCCACCGGGGCCGUCUGUGGGCUGAGCUCACCAAUAUCACGGACAAAGAAGUGGAUGGAGAAGUUGAGGAAGGAGGUGUCUGAGAUCCCCUCGAAGCGCAGCUGCAGAGGGCGCAGCUCCUCUGCGAAGGGGCAGAAGGAGGGGUCCGUGAAGUUGGCGUUGAACUGCCCGCCGUGCCCCGCUGCUGGCACCCAGUCCCCGACGGAGCCGUCGCUGUGCAGGAAGGCAGUGUGAGCGUG